UUAAUAUGCUUCAUCGUCACAUAUCCUUGGUCAUAGAUUGUAACGCAAGGGUAGUUUGUUCAUUCCACACAUCAUACAAUCCAUGUAAUGCCAACCAGGAACCUAGAAAUUCUACCAAUUGUCCUCUCUGUCUCCCACUUCCAAUCAUAGUGUUAAUUUAAAAAAACUAUGUCUGUGCUACCUUAAAAAACCCUGUUAAAACCUCAAACACCAAACUCACUCAUUCAAAAGCUACUUCAUCAUCUUCCUUUCCUCCUUCACUACUACUACUACUACUCAUUCUCAAGUCUCUCAACAUGUCUAUGCGACACAGAUCUUUACUAGCCAUCUUUCUUGCUUUUGUUGGUGUUUUUCCUUUCUCAGUGGCAGCUUCAUAUUCUUCUAUCCAUGAACUUCUCCGAAGCCAUGGCCUACCAGCAGGGCUGUUCCCAGAGAGUGUAAAGUCAUACAAUUUGGACCAAAGUGGUCGUUUGGAGGUGAACUUGGAUGGUCCUUGCAUGACCAAGUAUGAAACAAGAGUGUUGUUUGAAACUGUUGUUCGUGCAAACCUUAGUUUUGGUCAGCUCAAGGGGUUGGAGGGUCUGUCUCAAGAAGAGCUUUUCCUAUGGUUACCAGUGAAGGAUAUCAUUGUGAAUGAUCCAUCUUCAGGUCUUAUUCUCAUUGACAUCGGUCUUGCACAUAAACAGCUCUCUUUGUCUCUCUUUGAAGAUCCCCCAGUUUGUAGAUCCCAAGGUCUUUCACUAAAUAUUGCUGGAAGGAAAAGCAUUGGAUUUCAAGACCAGAGAUGAAAGAUUGCUUGUUUAUCUGAAAAAAGACGGUUUCUUCUUUUCUCUUUCCAAUUUUGUUUUCUUUUGCCCUUUUCUUUUUUACUUUAAAAAUAAUUAUAUGGUGUAAUGUGCAUAGAUCCUAUGAGAGUUGUGAUUAAAUUAGAUAUCAGUUGAGGAAAAAAAAAAAGAAAAAGAAACUGAUAGCGGUAUUUAUUGUAUAAAAUCUUUGUGCAAUUUUGUUUGCUGCUUUUUUCUAAUGUUCAAGGCAAGUUAUGAUAA